AUGGCUGCCUUACUUGGCUUCCUGGGUUUAUUUGGCUCAACCUACGCCGCCGGCGGCUUGGGCGGACGGGCAAGCGUAUGCGGCUCAGUACCGCCCUUUGCACCCGGUUCAUUCAACAUCGACGUGAUAAACGCUUCUGGUAUCGAACGGGAGUAUGGGGUCUGGGUUCCCAAAAACUACCAGCAAAACGUCUCGACGAAGCUCAUCUUCUCGUACCACGGUGCUGGUGGCACAAUUGCAAGACAGCGGGCACUAGACGGACUUACAGAGCCUGCAUUCAACACAGAUCAUAUCGUCAUAUAUCUCCAGGGGUUAGAGAAUGACGAUGGCAAAACGACAUGGGAAGGCGCACCUCAAGCAAAAUUUGAUGACCUUGGAUUCACCAGUGACCUCUUGAAUCGUAUUGAGGGCGAGUUCUGCAUCGAUGAGAGACAUAUUUAUGCAACUGGAAAAUCACAGGGCGGCGGUUUCGUUGGCCGUCUAGCAUGCGAUCCUAACCUAUCCAAGCGCUUCGCUGCCUUUGCUCCCGUGUCGGGGGCGUACUACAAUGCGAGCAUCACUAAGCGUGCUGAAUGCCAUCCACAAACCAUGCCCAUCCUCUGUGACCCUGGCCGUAAAGAUAUUCCUAUCUUAGCGUUCCAUGGCGGAGCCGACGACACCGUCAGCUACUUCGGAGGCUACCGCAAGAAAGCGUGUCUGCCUGACAUCAGGUAUUGGAUCGGGCAAUGGUCAGAACGGGAGGGUCUUGGCGAGACAGCAGUGAAUAAUUUGAUUGCAGGCACAAACGGUGGUAUUAACAUAACCUACGGAGGUGGUCUGGUCAAACUGGUCUUUGACGGAUGGAACAUUCCCCAUGAUUGGCCUGCGACGUUUGAAAACUCAGAUAACGGCGGCCAGAACUUGACAUCGUUCAAUGCCACUACUUGGAUCAUGGAAUUUUUUGGUGCACAUGCACUGGGAUAA